AAGGGUCAGAGAUACUGAAUCGAAACCAAAGAGAGAGGCCUCCUCCAGCUUCAGGAAGGUGCAAGGGAAGCCCAGAUAAAACGUGUGUGGUAGAGGGCUGGAGAUGGACCCUCAGGAGAGGCUUCCCAGGAGCCCUCAGUCUCCAGGUCCUAGGCAACACCUGGCCAGCAAGCCGAAGUCAGAGAAGCAUCGAGUGAAGGUGAAGGCGCCAAAGCAGCACAGCCUGUCUGUGAGGGUAGUGGUGCUGGUGGCCAUAGUGGUGGCAGUGGUGGCGGUAGUGGCUGUGGUGGUAGCCGCCAGGAGGACCAUGGUAGCGGAGUUGGCGGCAGAGAGGAUGCAGGCGGCAGCGGCAGCGGCAGUGGAGGCAGCGGCAGAGAGGAUGAAGGCGGCAGCGGCAGUGGAGGCAGCGGCAGAGAGGAUGAAGGCGGCAGCGGCAGCGGAGAUAGCGGCAGAGAGGAUGAAGGCGGCAGCGGCUGCAGCAGCGGAGAUAGCGGCAGAGAGGAUGAAGGCGGCAGCGGCAGUGGCAGCAGCAGUGGUGGUGAUAGUAGUGGUGGCAUUGGUGCCACGGCUUCCUUCGAGGCUCACCAAGAAACCUCUCAAGGUGGAAGAUGUCAUGAAGCUGCUGUGCUGCAUCACUGAGCAGAGGGAAAAGAAGGGGAGCUUGGAACCAACUGUGCGUGGAGUAAUCGGUGAUCCGGUCAGAGGCCCACCUGGAGCUGCUGUUGGGGGUGCUGUUGGGGAUCUCUUAGGUACAUGGAUGAUAAGCGGACAGUUCAAACCAAUUCCUCAAACCAUAAUGGAGCUGCCGCCUGAUAAGAAGCAAAAGCUCUAUAAUGAAGCCAGGGCCAUCCUCAAGCACCUGAAGUGGAGGGACAGCAAAGAUCUGACCACACUGGUCAUGGGCAGUGAGGCCCUGAAGAAGCAGCUGCUGGCCAUGCUGGAAAAGUGCCUCAAAGGCUGAAGUCCAGUACAUUGAUUUCAAAGCUAUUUCUAGAAAGCAGGGGUCUCUUUUAGAUGAUUCUUCACAGGGUGGUGGGCCAUUUUGAUGGUUUUCCUGACUCAUAGAGGUGAUUGGGAGUUGGGGGAGGUCUCACCCAUUCAUUGCUCAUGGCUUGGGUCCAACCCUCCCAGACCCAGGGAACACGGGGUCCUAGUCAGUGGUCCUGCCCUGGUGCCCACUGAAGUCCCUCCCCUGUCUGGCCUACCUUCAUUCUUGGGAAAAACCCUGACCCAACUUGAGCAUUUUGGGUCAGAUAGAGCAGAUCUUGCUGAGUGAAGUCAGUGUGCACUAUCUGGGUCCUGGGGUGACUGUAAUGGGUGCUCAGCUUGAGAGGACAGGCUGGACCUCAAGUCCUGUCUCCCCCAGGAGGUGAAAACACUUUCCUGGAUAUCCCCUCAUGUUCUCCUCUUGGCUCCUGUAGUUUUAGUAUUCUUA